CUGGGGAUAUUCCUGACCCAGGGAUUGAACUCAUGUCCCUUGCAUCUCCUGCACCAUCAGGAGGAUUCUUUACCACCGCACUACCUGGGAAGCCUCUCUCUGAUUGGAGAGCACUAAGGAAAAGUGAGAGAAAAACAGAGGACAUCUUCAGCAGUUAGAAUGGCCUGAACAAACAGAAGACUUUGCAAGUGCAAUCAGCAAGUUCAAUUAAGCAAAGCUAAAGAAAGAAAUUAUCCAUGCGGAGAAAAGGGCGACAGCUGAGAAGGUUGAGAAAAUUCAAACCAGGACAUUUUCUGAGUCACCGUGACACUCAGUUCUUCCCAGUUCAUCCUCUCCUUGCCCCUACAUCAGAAGCUGACUUGCACUCUCCACACCUGUAGACACACGGUAUAUUUGGGCUCCAACUGCGCCUUAUUCGCAUUCCUGGGAAAUCCAAGACUUCACCACUGCAAGCCAGUCCCCUGUCCAGGCUGGGAGGAAAAUACCCUCUGUUUCUGUCAUGUCUGGUUGCCUAGGGUGAGCUCUCUGGCUUUCUCUGGAAGAAGCUGUAGUGAUGGAUGAAAGAAAUCAGAGUGCUGGAAUCACCUUCGUCCUCUUGGGCUUCUCCGAAUACCCGCAGCUCCAGGUGCCCCUCUUCCUGGCCUUCUUCACCGCCUACACCGUCUCUGUGGUGGGGAACCUGGGUAUGAUUGUGAUCAUCAGAAGCAACCCCAAGCUUCACACCCCCAUGUACUUCUUUCUCAGCCAUCUCUCCUUUCUUGAUUUUUGUUACUCUUCUAUAACCACACCUAAACUCUUAGAGAUCUUGCUUGUGGACAGAAGGACUAUCUCCUAUGUGGGUUGCAUGAUGCAAUUCUUCUUUGGUUGCACACUUGCGAUUACGGAGAUGUUCAUGCUAGCCGUGAUGGCCUAUGACCGGUUUGUAGCUGUUUGUAACCCCCUGCUCUACACAGUUGCUAUGUCUCCUAAGCUCUGCAGCCUCCUGGUCGCUGGAACCUACACGUGGGGUGGAUCGUGUUCCUGGACGAUCACCUGUUCUCUUUCGGAGCCGUCCUUCUGCGGUUCUAACGGCAUACAUCACUUUGGCUGUGAGUACUCUGCCAUUGUCUCUGCCUCUUGCUCUCACUUCAGGCAGAUGACACGUUUUAUCAUUUCUACUCUCAGUGAAGUGUGUAGCCUCCUGAUUAUCCUCGCCUCCUAUAUUUUCAUAAUUGUCACAAUCAUCAAGAUGCCUUCAGCUGGUGGACUCCGAAAAGCCUUCUCCACCUGUGCCUCCCACCUGACCACCAUCACCAUUUUCCAUGGGGUCAUCCUUCUUCUCUACUGUGUACCCAACUCCAGAAGCUCAUGGCUCUUCAUCAAAGUAGCCACUGUGCUUUACACAAUAGUGAUCCCCAUGCUAAAUCCCCUUAUCUACAGUCUUAGAAAUAAUGAUGUGAAGGAGACCAUCAGAAAAUUAGUCAAAGCCAAAAUGUUUUCUCACCCCAUGUAAUUUUGAGUGAGAAGAGAGAUAGAGGAAAGCAGUUUCUUAAAUGUGCUUUAUACAGUGUGUUGAAGGUUAUUACAUUUUUCUUCCAAUGUGUGCUUAUCCCAGUGUCCUACUCUUUGU